UAGUGGAACUAUAACUCAACUUAGAGCAAGUUUCAUUAAUUGUCGUUGUAUUAAAAUGAAGUUUAUACUCUUUGCUGGUUUUGCUGCAACAUUUCUUUGCCUUUCUGUCACUGCAAUUGAUCAUCUGAGAGUAGUGAACGUCACAUCUUCAACAUGCAGCUUGUUUUGGCGAAAACCUACAAGUAAUGAGGGGAUGUACAAAUACGUUAUUGCUACUUACGACAAUGGCACUGAGUACAUUGUUGAGAGUUAUUAUUGUUCAUAUCAGGAAAUAGAGUUUACAGUGAUAGAUCUACACCCCGCAACAAUAUAUAACAUUUCAGUAGACAUUGUCUACGCAGGAGUCAAGCUUUCAACGGAAUGCCUUACUAAACCUGAAAUAGAAGUGGCUGUUCAACCAGUACGUCAACUGGAGUCGUUGGACAGCACGAAUACAACAUGCAGAAUCUCUUGGAAGAAACCUACGAAGGAUAACAAACCCACUAGAUACGUUAUAAGUGCCUAUGACUACCAGUCUAGUUAUACUAGUUAUCGGUACCUUUCCACCCUUUCUGAUAAUCAGUAUACGGUUGAGGACCUACUUCCUGGUACUGAAUACAAAAUUUCAGUUUACGUCGACUACAAAGACAACGAAGUCACUACUUCAUGCAUCACUAAACCUCAAUUAGGUAAACUUCAUCUAUUAGAUGUCACAAACAGUUCGUGCAGCGUUUUUUGGAAAAAGCCUGUAGAUAAUGACAACACUUUAAAAUACGUUAUAAGUUUUAUUGAAAAGGAGUCUGUCGAUCCUAAUAAUACACUGUAUAGUCGAUAUUUUAACUUUAUUCCGGAAUUGUUAUACACAUUCAUAAAUCUGCAACCUGCUACUAAGUACAACAUUUCCGUUUAUGAUAACUAUUCAAACAAGAAGAUGUCGACGGAAUGCCUCACUAAACCAGAUUUAGAUCAACUUAAGGUGUUAGAUGUCACGAAUACAACAUGCACACUUUAUUGGAAAAGACCUAUUGAUAGUGAUGAAAUCAUAAGAUAUUACAUAACUUCAGAGAAUGGUAAAAACUUUAUGUCAUAUAGAAUUUUCACAUCGUUUCCUGAAGUAACGUUUGUAUUUAAAAAGCUAGAACCUGACACAACAUAUGUUAUGUCAGUGUACAUUGCUAAAGUGAAAAAAACAUUAGCGUCAAAAUGUACUACAACGCCAGCAUUAGAUAAAUCUGAGAAGUCCUUGGAAAAAUAUGCGUACAAGACAUCAUAAAUACAACAUAUUUAGUUAAUUGUAAUACAUUAGAAAAG